AUGGCAUCUGUAGCUUCUUUCGAGCAUGCAUUGCAUGCUCAAGAGCAUCCAUCAUCCACCAUGUUACCUACUGCUACACCCAUGGAAGUAUCACUCAUGACUGAUGAGAAAAAGGAUGUGCUUGACAUGCAGAUUCAGGCUAUCAUCAAGGGUUGUUUGACUAUGAUUCAAGCUCUCUCAAAACUAAUAGAUGCGAAUGCAAUGAAUGACAAAACAGAUGAAAAAACUGGGUUUUUGAGCAUGUUUGAAACUCGAACAAAACUUGCUGGAACAAUCCAUUUAAAAUCCAUGCGAGAAUCUGUAGUAUGGAUUUUGGAGCAUCGACUCAUGUCAACAUCGAAUAUCCAACAAGCCAUGCAAGAGUAUCGACUUGAAAGAAGUAUUCGUCAUCAGGAAAGUUAUCUACGUCAAGAUUUAAGUCAUCUUAAAGUGUUAUUACCCAAAUCUCCUGAUCGUACAACCGAGGCACGCUCGUCGUCUUUGAGUCGUUUUGUUCCCAAUGCAGUCAAGGCUCGCGUAGGUCGAUUUAAAAAUAAUCGAUUGGAUUCAUCUGGAUCGGGUCGAGAAUCUUUAAUUCAAUCCGAUCCCAUUUUAACUGAUUCAUCUCCUCAAAACACCUCACCACAACAUUCAUCUACUACCAAUACAACUCCAUUCAAAUUCGAUUUUCCAGUCGAUCCCUAUGCAUCCAACAGUAUGGACGAGGAUGAGUCUCAAAUGACGUUCACUGUAGGAGAACGUGCUGCUCUCGAACAAGACAACUCCACCAUGAUGGACCAACUCGAAUCCACAUUAACUCAAGUACGAACUGCUACUCAAUCCCUCAACGAAAUCGCUCAACUGCAAUCAACUCUAGCUCAUCAUCUCCAAGCACAAUCCGAAACGAUUGAUUCCAUUUACGAUGAUGCUGAAAAAGCAAACCAAACCAUUGCCAAAGGCAAUGACAAUUUGAAAAGCGCGCAAAAGUAUUUCGGUGGUCCACGAUGGUGGGUGUUGUAUGUUUUACUGACUAUAAGUGGAUUGUUACUACUUUUAGAUUCGUUUUUUUAA